GCGUCCAGAACUCAAGAUACCCUCAAAACAAACACAACUAUAAUCAGUAAAGGACCGGAUCCUGACAAUCAUCGCCACAAUGCCAGCCAUUAUUUCCAACCAAACCCCCUCGACCGAGCACCAGCAACAAUCAAAGCUCUUAACAACACAACUCACGGCAUCCAACCCCCUCCCCUCAACGGCAGACUGCGCCGCCCACCUCGAGCUCCUCGAGACCUUUGUCACCCUCCGCGACGCAGUGCACCUCCUCGCCGCCGACGCUGGUCAGGCCCCCGAACGCGUAUGGGACCUGUACUGCAACCGAGCCGUUGCCCGCUUCGAGCAAUGGAGUACCAGCGCCGAGAGGCCAGCGGAGAAGAUGCCGCCCGUUGACGUGCUCAUGGCAUGGCACGCAUUGAUGCUGCACCCCAAGGCCUACGCCCGGUUCAUCGAGCUCGGUGGUCGUCUGGGUCUGGAUGGGAUCAAGUGGUCUGAGAUUCCGAGACCAUCAAACCUCGAAUCCCUCAUCGCCUCAAUCGAUCUCUCCGCCCUCAUCGCAUCACCAACCCCAACCAGCACCUUCACCCACGCCUCCCCAACAGGAACCACCCUCUUCACAUACCCCCUCACCGCAGCAAUCAACCGCCAAUUCUCCUUCUCCCUCAAAAUGUCCUCCCACGCCUGGCUCCGCAGCCCAAGCCCCGAAGACCUCGCAUCCCUCCUCGGCGCGGCACAAAACCGCUACGCGCAAUUCUUCCACCUCAUCGCCGCUCACCCGGGCACCGUCAUGGUGCCGACGCUCGACAUUGACCUCGUCUGGCACACGCACCAGCUCGCGCCGGCGCGGUACCUCGCGUACUCGAAGCGGACGACGGGGAAGCUGGUGGACCACGAUGACGAGAUUCCGGACGAGAGUCUGGCGGUGCUCUCGACGGAUAUGAGGGCACUUUGGAGAGAGGCGUUUGACGAGGAAUAUCUUCCUGCUGCUUGUCAGGAGGAUGCUGGAUGUGGGGGCGGUUGUGGUGGUGGUUGUGGAGGGGAGGGUGGAUGCGGGAGCUGUGGUGCUAUGAAAUGAGCAUGAAGGUUUUUUCCGGCGAAGGAGGGGUGAAGGGGCAUUUAGACAACGGCAUUACAUAUGGAGUACGCAUCUCAGGCUGAGUAUCUAUAAAACGAUCAUCAUGAAGAGCCAAAAAAAGGGCAAAA